AUGGACGGUCGGUACUUUGCGGUUCUCGCGCUCGCGGCCGCUCUUCACCGGAGCCAGGGUCACUGGGUCGACUUUUGGCUCGACAACCGGCGCGUUUACGGCCACUUCUCCGCGCCCCUCAGCCCUUGGGCCCAAUUGGACUUCGACGUCGAGUUGUCUGCUCAUCUGCUCUUCCGUCUCCAGGUGGACCGGGCUCGAGAACACCUUCGCCAGCGCCGGCCAAUCACGUGGCCCCUCGACGACCCCCUCGCCGCCUCGGACCUGCUCGCGUUGCCAAGUGACGUGAGCUACCGCGACCGGCUGAGUCUGGACGAGGUGUACCUCAUCAACUUGCCGCGACGGCGCGAUCGUCUCGCGCUGAUGGAGUACGCUCUGCACGUCUACGGCAUCGACGCGCGCCUCGUCGAGGCGGUGGACGGCGGCGCGAUGAGUUCGAGUCUGCUGCGUCGUCUGCUCAACCUCACCCAACUGGCCGGCUACCGAGACCCGUUCACCGGACGCACGAUGACUCGCGGCGAGGUCGGCUGUCUGCUCAGCCACUACGGCGUGUGGAGCGAGCUCGUCGCGUCCGCGUCGCUUCAAAGGGUGCUGGUGCUGGAAGACGACGUCGACUUGGUGCCCGGCUUCCGGACGCAUCUGAUCUCGGCGCUGGCCGAAGCCGAUCGCCUCCAGCCGCGCUGGGAUCUCGUCUACUUGGGCCGCAGGCGCAUGGCGCCCAAGUCCGAGUCCGAGUCCGAGUGGCCGCAGGCCGAACAGCCCCUUCGUGGCGCCCACUUGCUCCUCCGGCCCGGCUAUUCCUACUGGACUCUGGCCUAUCUGCUGAGUCGACGAGGCGCGCAAAAGUUGCUUGCUGCUCAGCCGCUGCAGCACAUGCUGCCGGUGGACGAGUUCCUCUCCGUCAUGUUCGACAGACAUCCCAACGCCGACUGGAGACGCCAGUUCGCCACACGCGAUUUGGACGUGCUCGCCGUGGACCCGGUCAUUGUGCAGCCGCUCUUCACGAGGCAAGACGCCGAGUACCAUUCGGACACCGAAGCCUCCGACCUCUUCUAG